AUUGUAGUACCUUUGAAACCUCUUUCUGUACUUAACACUUCUGAAACCUCAUUCGAAUCUUCUAAUACUUAAACCUACAAAUCAAAACCACCAAAACACACACUCAAAUUCUCAUAACCCUAACACACCACCGCCAAUGGCGACUCGACGAUCCACAAACCUCCUCAAACACCUUAUCUCCACGCGCCACCACCUCACCCACCACCGCACCGUAACCUACAUGCCCCGCCCCGGAGACGGAACCCCCCGCACCGUAACCCUAAUCCCCGGCGAUGGGAUCGGCCCUCUCGUUACCGGCGCUGUUGAGCAAGUAAUGGAAGCGAUGCAUGCGCCAGUGCUCUUCGAGAAAUUCGAAGUGCAUGGCAAUAUGAAAGCGAUUCCAUCUGAAGUGAUGGAAUCGAUUAAGAAGAAUAAGGUUUGUUUGAAAGGUGGAUUAGCGACUCCGAUGGGUGGUGGUGUUAGUUCGCUUAAUUUGCAGCUGAGGAAGGAGCUUGAUCUUUAUGCUUCGCUUGUCAAUUGUUUUAAUCUGGAAGGAUUGACUACUAGGCAUGAUAAUGUUGAUAUUGUUGUUAUUAGGGAGAAUACUGAAGGGGAAUAUGCCGGUCUUGAACAUGAGGUUGUUCCCGGCGUCGUUGAGAGUCUCAAGGUAAUAACAAAGUUCUGUUCAGAGCGCAUUGCUAAAUAUGCUUUCGAGUAUGCGUAUCUAAAUAACAGAAAGAAGGUGACUGCUGUGCACAAAGCAAACAUUAUGAAGCUUGCAGAUGGUUUAUUCUUGGAAUCUUGUCGAGAGGUUGCCACAAAGUAUCCUGGAAUCAAGUAUAAUGAAAUUAUUGUAGAUAACUGUUGCAUGCAGCUUGUUUCAAAACCUGAGCAGUUUGAUGUCAUGGUUACCCCCAAUCUUUAUGGAAAUCUUGUUGCGAAUACAGCGGCAGGCAUUGCUGGAGGCACUGGUGUCAUGCCGGGAGGUAAUGUUGGGGCUGACCAUGCUGUGUUUGAACAAGGUGCUUCAGCAGGAAAUGUUGGUAAAGAAAAAGUAGUACAAGAAAAGAAAGCCAAUCCUGUGGCACUCCUCCUUUCAUCCGCAAUGAUGCUCAGACAUCUCCAGUUUCCUGUAUUUGCUGAACGAUUGGAAAGUGCUGUGAAACGAGUCAUUUUAGAGGGUAAAUACAGGACAAAGGACCUUGGAGGGACAAGCACCACCCAAGAGGUUGUUGAUGCAGUAAUAGAUGCAUUGCAGUAAUUAUAUAUUCACUUGCUCAUCUACCAAAUGAAGUUAGAGUUUGAAAUUAGUCGCUAAUUAUCGAUAAUGUGUUGCACCCUUUAAAGGUGAAAUCAUCAAAUUUUUUGUUCUGAAUAAUGUGUAUUCAACGCAUAAAAUUAUGCGAUAGAAAUUUUGAAGAGAGCUUUUGUCGGUUUGACAAGAAUCAUCUAUUACAUAAGAUAUGAACAUCAUUAAAAACUUUGAGUUGAUUGUCUCAA